AGCAGACCAUGUGACCUCACCCGGAAGUGACGCGAAGUACUCAAAAGAGUUGAGUGAAGCAUCUGGGAGCAAAACACCAGCGAGCUUUAUUUGAUUAGAGAGCAGAGGAGCUAACAGCUGGAGGAGACGCACUAACACACAGUGAGUGUUUAGCCUUGUUUUACAUUCAAUUUUGUGUGCAUGUGUAUCUGUUGUGUUGUCGGGACAUGCUGUGCUGCAGCUGUCUGUCUGUGAGAGUGUUUAUGUAUAUGUGAGUGUGUGCGUGUGUGUAUGUGUGUGUGUACUCGCGUGUGUGUGUGUGAGCCGGGCUGUGCGGCCUGUCUGUCCGGGGACAGUCCAGCGGUGCAGCGCGGUCAGACAGGUGAGCAGCAGGUGGGUUAGGGCAUGGCAAACCUGCUCAGCUGACAGCUGCAUGUAAAGCUGAUGAUGCAGGGCCAGCUGAUGGAAACAAAGCUCCCGCUGCGUUCACCUCUCUGACUCUGUUUAACCAAAAGGAUGCCAUCUUUAUCUCUGCUACCAAAAACAUCAACAGCUGAUUUUUACCGGGGACCACCAGGACUAUGUUCAAAAAUACAGUAAACCUGAUGAACUUCACACUUGACAUGACACCCAAAUAUCUGUGUGCAGGUGCGCGUUCAGGGGUGGCACGGAAAUUUGAUUAGCCACCCCUGAAUUCUCAUAUUAAUUCAUAUUCGCAUUGUCAGAGGCGAGGGGCAUUUAAAGAUUCUUUGAAGAGUUUUUAGCCACAUACAAAACAGACUUACAGUGAGACGACCCCUAAAAGCAAUAAUGACCAUUCCUGACAAGAUUGGUCAUUACUGUACAAUUUUUUGAUGUGCAAAAGACUUGGUGGAGGUAGGUGAUGUGCAGGUGAAUAAACUGUGACUUACACAGCCUCUUUCUUGAGUGUUAAGAGUAGGAUAGGAUAGAUCUGGCCGCUAAAGUCACAGUCAGUCAAACAAAAAGCAUUAAACAAUGGAUAUCACAUAUAUUCAGAAUCAUUAAAGCAUUAAAGAUAUACAAAAACAAGAGAGAAAUUUAUCUAAAAAUAAUUCUCAAUAACAUUUGCAAAUAUUGAUAUGAACAUAGUAAAAAAAUAUACAUUGUGUAAAAUCAAGAUAAAGUGAGGACAUAAUCUCUUGGGAAACACAACACAUGUACUGUACAUAAAAAAAUCAGAUAAUGUAGAAAGGGAUCCCCUUUGUCCACGUGGGGCGCCAAAAUCAACACAAACCAAAAUCGUGUAGAUUCAGAUCUGCAUGAUGAGUGGCAUCUGGAACAUACUGAGUGAAUGCAAAUGAUUCAGUAGCUGUGUCACCAUUAUAUGGGUGUAGAUAGUAGUUGGCCAAAUAAUCACCUGGACUUUUGGCAAUUUGAAAUAAUUGGCUUCAUACCUGCGUCAGCCCUCACAAGGCUGAUAUCAACCUUAUUUCCUCUAAAUGAAAACACAUUUUUCUAUCUCUAAUGCCAGCAGAUCAAAUGCAAAACAGUCAUUUGUUAGUGUUUAAUAUAAUUUUUGUUAUGGUACACUUCAGUAUUGCUAAAUACAUCCAAAACAUGUUAUUAGCUUGGAAAAUCAUCGUUAUUAGAUUUAGAUAUGCAUAGAAUCAUUUAAUCAUAUUUGACUUUGUAUUUAUUUAUUUUAUUUUAAACACAACACAUCCUCAUUUUAGUCAGUGUUAUCCAGAGUCCUGCACUGGGUUGGGUACCUGCAUAAAACAUCUUGUAAUGGAUAAAAAAUAUUAUUAUGUAAAUAUAAUGUUUUUGGUAAAGGUAAAAACAACAAAAUGUGGUGGCUUAUUUGCAAUUGUUUAUCUGUGUGCAUGCACUGGCAUGUGUGAAUAUGCAGUUCUGCCUGUCUGUGACUAAUCAAAUUUGUUUGUGAGUCUUUCUUAUAUGGGUCUGGAUUUGUCAUAGUUUUUAUAAGUAGUCAGGGGUCAGGUUACAGGACUGAGCUGAGUACAGAUGUGUUUCAUGGUUGUAGCUUCACUUCACUUGAGGUAAUGCCCUGAAUAUGCAGGCUGGUGAAAGUGAUGUAACAUAAAUAUGUUGAAUCACCAUCAGAGGGCAGCAGCGCAGACAUGUGGGUGCAUCCUCUCCAUCUGAUGAGCCUCAUGUAUAAAAAAGCUUCCUCUGGUUCCUCCUCUAGUAUUUCAAAUGAAACAGGUGUUUCAUAAUGCUUAUUAUUUCAGCUCCAUUAUUUUUGCAGACAGGGAAACUAUUUUAGAGGAAGUGCUUGGUAAAAAGCAGUUUAUCCUAUAUGAGCCAUCUCCAGAAAGACAUCACCGUUCUGCUGAUUUUAGGUUUAUAUUAAAUAAUUUUUGUUUGUAACAUUACUAAAAAGUCCUUGACUAGUGUUUUGAUUAUGUGCUUUUUAGCUCCUGAACUUGAUCAUUUAAAGUUACACAUGUGUACAAAGUGUUUACUCUUCUGUUAAUCAAAGAAAAAACCCACUAUUGUCACCGAAAUAACUAGAAACUGUCAAAAAUAAUACUAAAUAAGGAUUAACUGAAAAUUACCCAAGGAAAAUCAGACAUUACUUUUGAAUUUUGGUUUGACAAAAUUAGUCUGACAAUUAACUAAUGACAUAUACGUGUCUGUGUGUGUGUCAUUUUUAUUAUUACAUUAUUUCAGUAAUCGUUAAUGCUUUUUUACUUUUGUUUUCUGUGUUGUUGUUUCAGUAUUUGUCAGUAGGUGGCCAUAAUGAAUCCAGUUUAUAGCCCUGCACCAACAGGGGUCCCCUUCACUAACACUAAGGGCCUGAGCUACCCAGGUAAGUUCAUUUGUUUUCAAGAUCAAACGUUUGAUUACAGUUAAAUAUCCUGAGAUGCGGGUAGGUAAAGUUUUAUGUUGUUUUUUUCUGUUUGGUCAUGUAGCUGGAUUUCCUGUUGGCUAUGCAGCAGCUCCUGCCUACAAUCCUAAUGUCUACGCAGGAGCAAACCCCACCUUCCCCAGUGGUAAGAGUCAAGUCCUACACACCUUUUUGAAGACUGAACCAUAGUCUGGAAGUGUUUCAUUCUGCCCCUGCUAUUUCAUGGGACUGAUAUGCAGUUUAAACCUGGAUUUAGAUAAAUAUCAGGUCCAAAUCCUUUGAAAGUUCCAUAGCAAAUACUCAGGGUGCUCCUGCGGAAUAUGUUUGACUUCAGUAUCCCAGUGUAUUCCAAUUUAUGGGGAAACAAAUCCAUAAUAGGACAAAGUGAUCCGUUUAGGGAGUCAUAGACCAGCAAUCCUUGUGUUUUCUGAAGUGAAACAUUUUAUAAUGAGUCUGGUGUCUGUGAAGAGAAUUUUAUCUGUGGUAACAAGUUAAGAAAAAAGUUUCUGGCAGACUGAAGAAGAACUUUCAAUAAGCUGUUCUGCUCUGAAUUGGGAAUGUGAUGAGUGUGCUAAAUGGCCAGUGCAGCAGAGGUAGGAAAGACAUAGUUAAAAACAACCGACUUGAAAUACAACAUAUAUGGUGAAUCAGUCCCAGAUGACUGGACCUAUCUGUAUAUCUUGAAAAACUACCUACACUCUCUUAACUCGUCUUCUUCCUCCUGCAGGUUAUGCUCCUUGCACUCCUUUCAAAAUGUCCUGCUCCCCCAACACGGGGACUGUCCCUCCCUACUCCUCCUCCCCUAGCCCUUACCCUGCUGCUGUGUACCCGGUCAGGAGCACGUACCCCCAACAGAACCCUUAUGCACAGGUCAGUGAAUGUGUGAUACCUGUCUUGAUUUCAAUGUUCAGGUUUGUCUGAUAUUGAGAAAACUUAAAUUUUCGUUUUGUUCUGUGAUUCAGGCAUUAAUACCGUCACAACAACAAGGAACCUACUACACACAGCCUCUGUACGCUGCUCCGCCUCAUGUCAUCCACCACACAACGGUGGUCCAGCCCAACGGCAUGCCUGCAGCCAUGUAUGCCCCGCCCAUUCCUCCACCCCGCCCCAAUGGUGUUGCCAUGGGGAUGGUAGCCGGCACCACCAUGGCCAUGUCAGCUGGUGAGUAAUGGUUUCUUUGUUAUCAAAUAAUCAAAUAAUCAGCGCUUAUUUUUUUAUCGUACCAAUUCACCAGAAAAUCUCAGAGAGAGCAAGUCUGGACUGUAUUCUUUGGUUUUUAUAAUUUCAAAGAGCCACUGUCAUAUUCUAAGACUUAAUUUUAUGCCAUUGGAAUCCACCAUGAGCAGAGUGCUUGGCAGCAUUUAUCAGGUUACAUAAGGAGGUGAAAAACCCCUUUUAACAGGAAGAAACCACCAGCAGAACCAGACUGGUGUUGAACUGCUAUCUUACAGCCUUUUCUCUCAAAGGAAACACCAUCAGCUCUUGACUUUGAACGUGAUCAAUGACUUGUUAAGAUAAAGAAGUCCUUUAUUAUGCCUUAAUUAAUUGCUUACAGUAAUGUUGCUGCCUUGCCCUUUGUAAGGCAGUUAUUCUAACCUUUUAUAGACUUAAUCAUGUUAAAUAACAUCAUUGAAGUUAUUAUGAUUGUAAACAAGUUUCUCACCCUCCUGCUGCUGCUGCAGCUGCUGCGGCGGCUGAACAGAUGAUUUGUUUCAGUGCUCAGAUGAGUUAUUUACUUUGAGUGUACAAACAAAUAUUGUAAUAUUCAGUUUUGUGAGCCAAAUUUAUUUUAUAUGCCAACAUCUAUGAAAGAAAGAGCCAGGCCACGGAGCGCGAUGCGUCAUUACGCACAGAUGGUUCCGAUUUUAAUGCCAUUUUUAUAAUUUAUGUUUUGCUCUGUGCGCACAACCCACCUUUGUCAUGUGAGGUUUGAAUAUAUGCAACUUUAUGUGAGUGUCUUUAUUUGUGGAAAAGGGUGUUUGUCUUACCAGUGGGUCCAAACUUACACACACCAAAUCCAUCUGUGCUUAUUUGAGACAGUGUGCAGGACGCCCUCUGCAGCGUUUACAGUGACACUUGUUGAGGAGCUGCCUUCUGUCGCCAUCGUGUGGCAUUGCUGUCUUCAGACAUCUCUUGAUCUCUUUGACUACUUCACGAAAAUAGUAAUACGCCUCGCCUGUGGCGGAUUUAAAGGCAAGGAGAGGAGCUUAUGUGAUUGGUGAAAACAGGUCUCGGCUGUGUUAAAGUCACUCCACGCCCUCUCUCCUCCCUCGCUACGACUUAUGCUGCUGGGAGGAGCUGAGUUAGGGAGGGGGGAUACUUACGCCGGGCUUCGCCGCUCACCAAAAUACCAAAUUGUGCUUGGGAACGCCUUGUCGGCGCGGCGGACCUGACUUACGCCGCGCCUGCGGCACGUCUCUGGCGAGGCACGAAAAUAGAGCCUCUGUUGUUUAUCAGUAUAAUUUGUUCUCUCAACUGGAGAGCUUACAGUGGCUGCUAAAGCACAGGUGGCCAUGACUCAGGGAGUGUUUGGAGACUGUCUAGGAAUUACUCUACACUAGGAAACUCAACAGUUAGAGAUUUUAAUGGUACUAUAAUAGCGUAAGUAAGGCUGUUUUAUAAUAUAUGGCAGCAAGCAUUAAGGACUACCUCUGGAAUUACUGUAUACUUAUUUUUAUCACAAUAUCAAUAUUUCAGGCCCAUGUUGGCAUACAGGCCUUCUUACUGUACCUGUGCUUACUCUUUGGUCGUUUUGCUUCUCAGGAACUUUGUUGACAACUCCAUCACCAGCACCUGUUGCUCCCCACCAAGUCACAAUGCCCACAUACCGGCCCCCAGGCACCCCCAGCUACAGCUACGUGCCCCCCCAGUGGUGAAGAGAUGGGGGAGUGAGUGUCCCUGUGAUAUACUCUAUCAUCCAAACAUAUUACCUGUACUGGCCUCUUGUUCGACCAAUCAAAACACACCGAUUUUAAAGUGCCUGUGUCUCUGUGGUUUUCUCUAUGCAGGUUUGACAGUAGAUAUGCAUCCACACUCUCCUCCAGUGUUCGUUGCUCUCGGUGAGGACAGCUCUGCCAGCGUCUGCACCUCUUACUCUUCUUCCAGCAUAAUGUGAAUCUAAACCCGACUACAUUCAGACAGGAGGGGGUGAAGAAUACAACCAUCCUCAUGACCCCCCCCCCCCCCCCCCCCCUUCUUCAGCGCCAGCACCCCCUCCACUUGCUGCAUCUCUCCAACAGCAAAGCCUCCAUGCAAACUGUCUGCAGGUUUUUAUAGCUUCAACUCUUCACUAGAGAAAAGGGAGUUUGUUGUUUUUACGUUGUUUUAUUUUUAUUCUGGAUACAUAUGACGGUGAAUGCAUGUGUACAUAUCGAUAUACGAAGUAAUGCUAGCUCAAUCUACCUGCUGUGACAGAUGCAAACUCAAGGCACACAUCCAAAGGAACUAAAAUAGUAAUAAUCUGCAGAGCUGAGUCAGUGAGCGCAUCAACUAACAUUUGUUCAUGCAAAAAUACACCUGUGCACGUGCACGUGCAGGAUAACUGUGCUACAUUUACUGCUCUGUGUUUAUUAAGUGAUGCUCAGUUUUUAUAUUUCUGUCAGUGACGCAGUGUUUGCAUUUCGUCUCACCAAGUCUGUGUUUUAGGAAGAAGACUCUGACUGAUGGUCAUUCCAGCUCUUAAUCAUACUCAGUGUUUUAUUUUCCUGCCUGUCAGACAUUUGAGGAUAAAAAUGUCGACUUUUCCAAAAGUGUGAAGCAGCUUUUUUCUCCUGCCUGAAACAUUUUUGGCUGAUAUCAAUCAUAAAACUUAUUUUAGCUGAAAGUAUUUUUGGUAGGAAUCGAGGAGCAGAUAGUGUUGGAAGUAUUUGCACCCAGUUAAAUAAGUGAAUGAAUGUGAGUGUGAGUGUGUGUCAAAUAUAAAAUAGAAACCAUUAAAAAUGGUGCCAUACAGUAUGUUGUGUCUAGAAUAUCUGACCUGACAUAAUAAUGUAUUGUUAGACAGGUCUGAAGCUCUUAAUCAGUAAAUCUCUGCUAACUGUGGAAACAUGUUAGAAAACAUGAAACUCUAUCUGUGAACAGCACUACUGAAGCAGGCACUAACUCUAACAGACUCAUCGCUCGCUGUUUUACCUCCAGGCUCCAGGCUAAAAACAAAAACAUUAUAUCCCAUAUAUAGACAUGCUCGUCAUUGCCGCCUCGGUCACCUCGGUUCAAUAAUCUGUUUUGUAAAUGUUAUUUUUGUGAUUUUGGUUCUUGUUUUGUAUUCUUAAGAAAGACCAAAAAUAAAAACAAAUAUAAGAGGAA